CAUCAGAGAAGGAAGCGCUGAUUGGGGCGGCCGGCCGUCCGUCAGCACGUCCGGCGCCUCCAAUUGGUGCAGAGGGCCAGAUGGGGCGGCAGCGGGACACGCGUCAGGAGGCCGAGCAGGAUCCCCGGGCUCGCGUAGAAGACGGAGAAGGGAAGCAGGAACAGCAGGACAGGCGGCCGGGCCGGCAGCACCUCUCCCUACCCCUCUACCCCGUCCCCCCACCCCUACAGCUGAGGCCAUGGCGAUGAGGGAUUUGGUGGAGCCGGAAUGUGGGGGCUCGAACCCCCUCGUCAAACUCACCAGCCACUUCACCCAGGACAAGGCGCUGAGGCAAGAGGGGCUCGGCGAGACAGGCUGGUCCAAGAGCCUGGGCAGGACAGACAUCCCUCAGACAGCGGAGCAUGUGACGGAGGAAGAGCUGGUCUCGGAGUUCCUUGGGGACAGUCACGGACCCCUGCUCUCCCGGGCCGCCCACACCUUCCAGAUGGAUGACCUGCUGGCCGAAAUGCAGGAGAUCGACAACUCCCGCCUUCUGCGCGCCCCCCAGCGAGCUCCGAAUGUCGCCGACCUGGCCACCUCGGGGAAGUGGGCCGAGGAAUUCCUGGCCAGCGAGACCACUGUGGACACCCCCCAGGGCUUCGCCACCACUGAUUGGUCGGAGGAGUUCAUCACCGAGGUGACAGACCCGGCACUGAUCAGCCCUGCCAAGUGGGCCCAGGAGUACCUGGAGCAGACUGACGAGAAGCUGUGGCUGGGCGAAGCGGUGGCAGGAGAGGGGCAGAACUGGUCGAGGGAGUUUCAAACAGAAGACGAGUUGCGCCAGGCUGCCAACGACUUCCUGGAGAAGGUGGACGACCCAAAGCUCGAGAAGUCGGAGUUCUUGCGGUUCGUCCGGCAGAUUGGGGACGGGGAGGUGUCUUUCGGGGAUGCUGCAGCCAGUCAGGCAGCGAAGGCGGAGGAGUGGGUGGACGAGUACGUGACUGCGCCCAGCGUCCCUGGCGAGGCGGACUUCCGCAACGCAAAGGCGGCCGUCGAGUCGGACGUGGAUUUCUGGGACAAGCUCCAGGCCGAAUGGGAGCGGAUGGCCGAGCGAGACGCGGAGACCCACCCCUGGAUCUCCGACUACGAGCAGCUCCUCUCCUCCUCCUUCGACAAGGGUUACAGGUUCGAGGAGGACAACCCGCUGAGGGAGCACCCUCGGGCCUUCGAGGAGGGGCUGGAGCGCCUCAGGCAGGGUGACCUCCCCAACGCUGUGCUGCUGUUUGAGGCCGCUGUCCAGCAGGACCCGGAGCACGUCCAGGGCUGGCAGUACCUCGGGACAACUCAGGCCGAGAACGAACAGGAACAAGCGGCAAUCAGCGCGCUGCGGAGGUGCGUGGAGCUGCAGCCCGACAACCUGACGGCCCUGAUGGCGCUGGCCGUCAGCUUCACCAACGAGUCGCUGCAGAAGCAGGCGUGCGACACCCUGAGGGACUGGCUGGUGCACAAUGACAAGUACUCACAGCUCCUGGAGGCGAAAGGAACCCAGAAGAGGAAGGGGGUGGGGUCCCUGAUGUCGGAGUAAGUGGCAGGGCCCGGGACCUCU